UAAUGAGCAUAUAUACUUGGUAACAAGUUGGAUAACAUCAAAAGAAUGGAUGGCUUGUUAUAGAUGGAGUUGUGUAUGAUCCAACACCCUAUCUCAAUGAACAUCCAGGAGGUCCUGCAGUAUUGUAAAAUCGUUUUGGUAAAGAUGCCACUAGAGAUUUCAACGAAACAGGUUAAGAUUUUUAGAUGGAAAUGUAGGUCAUACAUCAGGAGCUCGUUAAAUGCUAGAAAAAUAUAAAAUUGGGACAGUGGACAAAACAUCACCAUAAGAGCCUUGGUAAGCUGGUGGUGGUACACCUGCAAAUGCUUAACAAUUUGCAUUUUUAAUCAUCGCUUUAGUCAUGGUGUUUAUAUUGUGGAAAGUUUUUGCAAAAUGAAA